AGCAGCUCACAGAUGCAUGCUGAACCGCACAAUCUCCGAUCGCCGGGUAUAAAAGGUCCUCCAAACCCCUCCCGGUCGAUAUGUACCCCGCUCGUCAUCUCCUAUCCUCUCGAGAGCACCUUCUCCAGCUUUUGUCAAUUGUACCUUCGCAAUGCCUCGCACCUCUCUCCUCACCCUGGCCUGUGCUCUGGCCACGGGCGCAUCCGCUUUCUCCUACGGCGCUGCCAUUCCUCAAUCAACCCAGGAGAAGCAGUUCUCUCAGGAGUUCCGCGAUGGCUACAGCAUCCUCAAGCACUAUGGUGGUAACGGACCCUACUCCGAGCGUGUGUCCUACGGUAUCGCUCGCGAUCCCCCGACCAGCUGCGAGGUCGAUCAGGUCAUCAUGAUCAAGCGUCACGGAGAGCGCUACCCGUCCCCUUCAGCCGGCAAGGACAUCGAAGAGGCCCUGGCCAAGGUCUACAGCAUCAACACUACUGAAUACAAGGGCGACCUGGCCUUCCUGAACGACUGGACCUACUACGUCCCUAAUGAGUGCUACUACAACGCCGAGACCACCAGCGGUCCCUACGCCGGUCUGCUGGACGCGUACAAUCAUGGCAACGAUUACAAGGCUCGCUACGGCCACCUCUGGAACGGCGAGACGGUCGUGCCCUUCUUUUCUAGUGGCUACGGACGUGUCAUCGGGACGGCCCGCAAGUUCGGUGAGGGUUUCUUUGGCUACAACUACUCCACCAACGCUGCCCUCAACAUCAUCUCCGAGUCCGAGGUCAUGGGCGCGGACAGCCUCACGCCCACCUGUGACACCGACAACGACCAGACCACCUGCGACAACUUGACCUACCAGCUGCCCCAGUUCAAGGUCGCUGCUGCCCGCCUAAACUCCCAGAACCCCGGCAUGAACCUCACCGCAUCCGAUGUCUACAACCUGAUGGUUAUGGCCUCCUUUGAGCUCAAUGCUCGUCCCUUCUCCAACUGGAUCAACGCCUUUACCCAGGACGAAUGGGUCAGCUUCGGCUACGUUGAGGAUUUGAACUACUACUACUGCGCUGGUCCCGGUGACAAGAACAUGGCUGCUGUGGGUGCCGUCUACGCCAACGCCAGUCUCACCCUCCUGAACCAGGGACCCAAGGAAGCCGGCUCCUUGUUCUUCAACUUUGCCCACGACACCAACAUCACCCCCAUCCUCGCCGCCCUAGGCGUCCUCAUCCCCAACGAGGACCUGCCUCUUGACCGGGUCGCCUUCGGCAACCCUUACUCGAUCGGCAACAUCGUGCCCAUGGGUGGCCAUCUGACCAUUGAGCGUCUCAGCUGCCAGGCCACCGCCCUCUCGGAUGAGGGUACCUACGUGCGUCUGGUGCUGAACGAGGCUGUGCUCCCCUUCAACGACUGCACCUCCGGACCGGGCUACUCCUGCCCUCUGGCCAACUACACCUCCAUCCUGAACAAGAAUCUGCCCGACUACACGACCACCUGCAACGUGUCUGCGUCCUACCCGCAGUAUUUGAGCUUCUGGUGGAACUACAACACCACGACGGAGCUGAACUACCGCUCUAGCCCUAUUGCCUGCCAGGAGGCUGAUGCUAUGGACUAGAUGCAGAGGGGUAGGACCGGGAUACUUUAGUGAUGAUUGAUAUUCAAGUUUGGUGGUGACGAUCACCUUGUUAAUAUUCUUGUACAGUCAUGCGGUGAAUGUAAAUAAUGAUAAUAGCAAUGAUACAUAUUGG